CGCGCGGCGCUUCCGGGUCAGCGUCGCCAGGGGAAGCGGCGGCGGCGGCCGUGGGGUCCCGGUGUCGGUGUCGGCAGCGGCCGGGCCAGGCCGGGCCAUGGGCGGUACUGUUAGGCUGUGAAGGCUUUAAUGGAGCUAGAAGUGCAAUAAGCCGGUGGAUGAGGCACAAAAUUAACUCUCGGCAUCUGGAAGCUUUAGUCAGAGUGACACUAUAUUAAACAUACUGAAGGUAGUGGCUUUUCGAAGUACCUGGAUAUUUCAGUUCAGCAGAGCAGUAAAAUGUUUGCAAAGCUGAAGAAGAAGAUAGCAGAAGAGGCAGCGAUUGCUCCCAGGCCAGGGGGAGCUGCCCGGAUACCCAGGUCUGUCAGCAAGGAGUCAAUCACGUCCGUGGGAGCAGACUCUGGAGAUGACUUUGCUUCUGAUGGAAGCAGCUCUAGAGAGGAUCUUUCAUCGCAGUUGUUCAGAAGAAAUGAACAAAUAAGAAAACUGGAGGUCAAGUUGUCUGAUUAUGCUGAUCAGAUCCGAAACUUGCAGAAGAUGAAAGAGAAGCUUGAAAAUGCAUUAGAAAAGCAUCAGGAUUCCUCCAUGAGGAAGUUUCAGGAGCAGAAUGAAGCUCACCAGGCCAGUCGCGCCAAGAUGGCUGAAGGAAUGGCAUUGGCCUUAGAGAAAAAGGACCAGGAGUGGAUGGAAAAGCUGGGUCAAGUUGAAAAGGAAAAGAAAAUACUUGAGAGACAGUUACAAGAAAUAAGGGAGACGAGUUUGAACCUUUUUCAGAAAAGAGAUGAAAUUGAUGAACUGGAGGGCUUUCAGCAGCAGGAGAUUGCCAAAGUUAAACACAUGCUUUUGAAAAAGGAAGAAUCUCUGAGCAAAGCAGAACAGGACCUAGAGGCAUGUGCUCGAGAACUAAGCCACACUAAAGAGGUGCUUCAGGAUGCAAGCAACGAGUCAUCAGGCCUAAGGAAAGACCUGCAGGAGUUGCAGAAGCAGUUCUUGGAGCUAGAGGCACAGAGGAAUGAACUAAUGACAGCUGAGACACAUGCAGAAAAUAAGAUCACUGCUCUGGAGUUAAGAGAACAGGAGCUACAAACUGUCAUUCAGCAGCUUUCUGUAGACUUGCAAAAUGCUCGAGUUGCUGGUUCUGGUUGUGAGAAGAGACUGGAAACAUUACAGGUGGAGCAUGAAUCUCUGAAGAUGGAAUAUGAGCAACACAAGCAAAAGAUGACUUUUGAAUUUGCUAAGAGGAAUAAACUUACUGAGCAGCUGCAGGAAAAAGUGUCUUCUUUGGAAAAAAAGCUGGAAAGAAAUCUGUCAGGGGAUGAACAUGUGCAGGAGCUACUCAAAGAGAAAGCUACUCUGGAACAGAAGCUGGAUGAAACCAGGCAGCAGGUACUUGCAGACAGAAUGCACCACACUGAGACUGUGAACCAGUUGGAAACACAAAAUAAAGAACUGGAACAAAAACUACAGAUUGUGACAGAAGAAUUGAGAAAGAGCAAAGAAGCAGCUGCUGAGCAGGAUCUGAAGAUCCAGAAGUUGCAAAGUGAUGUAGAGGAUGAAAGAAGUAAACUACAGCAACAGAUUUUAAGUGAGAAACAUCAGUACGAUCAGAAAAUUACUGGGCUGGAGUCUCAAAUUGCUGCUCUUGAAACAGGUUGGGAGUUGGAUAAAACAGCUACUCAGCACAAGAUUAGCCAGUUGGAGAAGGAAAAUGAAAUGCUUAAUGGAAGCAGAGAAGAAUAUGAGAGUUCUUUAAAAAAACAGGAGUCUGAGUUGGACAGGCUAAAGAACGAAUUGAGCAGCAGAGAGACUGUCAGUGUUGAAAUUGCCAAAGCAUUGGAAGAAACACGAAAGCAGAGAGAGGAAUUACAACAGCAGGUUUCACAUCUGUCUUCAUUAAUAAAGGAAAAAGACCAGAUGAUUGAUGAAAAAUGUGAUACACUUCUAAAACAGAAAGAAGAACUAAGACAACUCAGUCAAGAUCAUGAAGCUGUCCUGCUGCAAGUGCAUCAGUUGCAAUCUGACAUAGAAGCAAGUAAUAACCGAGCAGUGGAGAAAGAAGAAAUGGCAAGAAAGGAAAUUGAUGAGCUGAAGUUGCAGAUGCAGGAGUUCCUGUUGGCCAGAGAGCAGGAGAAAAAUGCUUUAGAACCAGAGGAGUCGACAAGAACCUUGGACGAGCAUUUCCAUUCUCCAGAAAACUGUGUGGUGGAACAGAACGGAGAGGUAGCAGUUGCAGAUGUCAUUCAGCUUCAGAAGGAUAACAGAGAGCUGGAACAGCAGAUUGCUGAGAAAAAUAAGAUGAUAAAGCAACUGCAGCAGAGAAUGACAGAACUCAAGAAAACCCUCCAGAAGGAGCUGAAAAUAAGGCCUGACAGUGAGGUACCUGAGAUACGUGAAAAAGCAAAUUCUGAAGUGCCUAAUGCUUCUGUGACUGUCACGAACAACUCUGAUUUAAAUGACUCAAGGGAGAUAAACUUCGAAUACCUUAAACACGUUGUACUAAAAUUCAUGUCCUGCCGGGAAUCUGAGGCAUUCCAUCUCAUUAAAGCUGUAUCUGUGUUACUGAAUUUUUCACAAGAAGAAGAAAACAUGCUUAAAGAAACUUUGGAGUACAAGAUGUCGUGGUUUGGGUCAAAGCCAUCUCCUAAAGGCAGUAUCCGGCCGUCUAUCUCGAGCCCAAGGACACUGUGGCCUUAAGGGAACCUGAAAAUGGGCAGUCAGCAUCUAGCCACUUUUUUCUGUGAAAAGGACGCUGAACACACUCAUUCAGGUGUGUCUUAAUCACUGUCAUUGCAGUAUUUUGUACAAGAACUUUUGACACUGUUUACAAAACUAAUACUGUGCAAGGAGAAAUUUUCACUACAAACUGAAACCUCUUCUGAGUUGGACUUGGGGACCGUUGUCUUGAUGGAGUCUUAACAGAAGUCAGCUCCUUGUGUUCAUCAGUCUUGUUUUCUUGGCACCAAAGGGUAACGUUAACCUCACUAAUAGCGGUGCUGGCAGUUCAAGCUUCUAACACGUGCAUCUGUUAUGAUGGUGAUUCCAGCUUCUGUUAUGGAGUGCUCAAGCUGAGCAACUCCAGGCACAGUAAAGCUUCUUGUCUCGCUGUGGAAAGCAAGCAGUGGAUAAACAAAUAAUACUGGCAGUACUGUAUUGAGUUGCAGACUGUUUGAAAAGCCUUUCAAAGAACAGGAGCAGGAGCUUUAACCAAAAAAGAAAUCUGCCUUGCCUUGUUAUACUGACAUUACUAGUUCGCAUUUUUUCAUAUCACUGUGUAAUUUAAGGUGCAUAUAUCCUGGCCUGCAGUCCUGAAGGCUGCAUGUUGAUGAUGAUUAUUUAAUUUGAGAGCACAACUUUAGAGUUGUCUGAUUUUACUUUUCUUAAAGAAAAAUAAUAUUUAAAAUGGUCUUAAUUAUAGUACCUAAUACUCAGUCGCCUUUAAAACUAAUCUAUAAGCCUGUACCAUAGGUUGUUAGCGUAGGGAAGAAGGGGUAGUAAACCAUUUUAAAUUUUUAAAGCUGAAUUCCAGGUAUUGUAAAUGCACACUGAAAAUACCUUUUAUUUAAGAAAGAAUCUAGUGACAAAGGGUGAAGAAUAUUGGUACUAAACACUUUGAUUUUUAUGCUAGCAACAGAUCUUCAUGACCAGUAUCCGCCUCUUUGGUUGUGGUUUUCUGUACUUCAAAUACUGAUGCUUAAAAACUGUUAGGAACAUGCAGUGGGCUGUUAACUGUGUCCUAACUACAUGGUAAAAGAAAUGCUGCCCGUGAGGUUUUUGGUUUUGAGGAUACAAUUCAACUCCUAAUGACUAUGUCUUUGUUCCAGCACUUGCUUUCCUUCCCCAUUAAGAAAAGGGACCACGGUGGUGCUUGCCUCCUUGACGGGAAGCACAAUUUUGCCCAUAGUUACUAACACCACUGCAAAAUCUAGAUUAAAAUGGGCAGCAGCAGCAAAUCUGACUUCUUAAAGUGGGACAUACUUUCAAAAAAUGACACAUGUAUGGAAUUCGAUGUGCAGGGUCCAGUUCUGGUAAUUCUCUUACAAUGAGGUUUGUGUUACUAACAGUACUUCAAUUAAAUAUAUUCAAGAAACUCA